GAGAGCUGGGAAUAUCCACUCAGCGAGUAAUGAAAACUAAAUUACAAUCUUUUCGGCGUCUUAUCUACAUUUUUAUGCUGUGAUAGUGGCCCAGAACACACAAGAGGACGCUUGUCUUUGGAGGCAUGUUAUCGCCAAUAAGUAAAAAGUAAUAUGACGAACAAGACAUUGAAUUAGCAUUCCGGCUAGCCGAGUCAUGCUAGCUAGAUACUGCCUCCUGGAAGUGAGCACCUACGGAAAACUCUUCUAUGGAUAAACGUGGAUUUAUGUGCUAUUUUAGCGAGCUGAGGAACAACAGGUUGGUAGUAGAAAAGGUUCGCGCAUCCCGGCGGCUGUCAUGGACAACGUGAGAUCGUCACGCAGUCACAAUGAGGAUGAAGAGCCCCACUCCACUGAUCCAGACACUAAAGAGAGGAGCAAAGACAAGAAGGUUUUGUGCAAAGUGAAGUGGUCGCGCGAUGAGGAUGAAAAACUGAAAAAGCUUGUGGAGCAACAUGGCACGGACUCCUGGAAAUUAAUAGCAAACUAUUUCCCUGGGAGGACAGAUGGCCAGUGUCAGCACCGCUGGCAGAAGGUGCUCAACCCCGAGCUGGUGAAAGGCCCAUGGACAAAAGAGGAGGAUCAGAAGGUCAUCGACCUGGUCCACAAGUACGGCCCCAAACGCUGGUCCGUGAUCGCAAAGCACCUCCAAGGCAGGAUUGGCAAGCAAUGUCGCGAGCGCUGGCACAACCACCUCAACCCUGAAGUGAAGAAGUCCUCCUGGACCCAAGAGGAGGAUCGGAUCAUCUACGAGGCCCACAAGCGUCUGGGCAACCGCUGGGCAGAGAUCUCCAAGCUCCUUCCUGGACGGACGGACAACUCCAUCAAGAAUCACUGGAACUCCACCAUGAGGAGGAAAGUGGAGCAUGAGGGCUACCUGCAAGAGGGCUGUCCUAAGACUUUCACUUCCUCGCACAAUGGCGGGAAGAGGCGCCAUCACUCGCCGUGCCCCCCACCGACCCCGACAGAGGUGCAGCAUUGCGACCGUAGCCCCUUGUCCGCCGUGACAGGACCCAACCAGAUGGUGGGAUAUCAUUUUGAACCUCAUGGGCGCCCCCUGAUGGACAGUUCUGGUUUCAUCCCACCGCCCUGCCCAGAUGAUCCUGACAGAGAACAAAGAAUUAAGGAACUUGAGUUGCUGCUUAUGUCAGCAGAGAGUGAAGUCCAGCGCAGAGGUCCAUGUAACUUGGAACAGUACUCGACCUGGUUGGAUGACUUGUCUGAGGAAACGCUCGCUGCAAGCAGCAGCAGCCUGGAGGAGCAGGUGGACAGGAGCUCCUGGUCGAAGCCUGAGAACCCCAGAGGAGAUUCCUCCAAAAUGCCGGUGUCCCCUGGCAAAUUCCUGGCUGUGGAGGCCAGCACGGUGCUGUCCAGCCUGCAGACCAUGCCGGACUUUGCCGAGACCAUGGAGCUCAUUGACUCAAUGUGCUUUGCUCUACAGGACCCCUCGGCAUGGAGCAACGUGGCCAGUUGUGACCUCUCAGAGACGGCGCCCAGGCAAGACCAGACCGCCUUUACCACUCUUGUUCAAGAGAGGAGCUUCUUGGGGCACACACCACAUUCCUGCGCCUCCAUGACUGGCCUCCACUCUUCCAAGGUGUCCACAGCGAUGAGGAGGAAGAGGAGAGGUCGAGGGGAACAGUCUCCUCUGUGUGACAGGACCUGCCCUUCCUUUUUGGACAAUGUCUCCAAUUCACCUAAGAAGACACCUACAAAGCCAUUUACUCCAUCACGGUUCUGCAACAUAUCAGCAGCGGAGCAUUUGAGUUUGGACAACCCGGCACUCACGUCCACCCCUGUGUGUGGACAGAAAUGUUUCCUCAACACGCCGCUUCAGAAGGAGUCCACGCCCAAACACCAGAAAGAGAAUGAUGGUUCCAGGACACCCAAGUUUCGUAAAACCGUCAUGAUUCCAACACCGAGGACGCCGACUCCCUUCAAGAAUGCUCUGGCAGCUCAGGAGAAGAUGCACGGCCCACUAAAGAUGGAGCCGCAGCCUUUGGCUUUUCUAGAAGAAGACAUCAGAGAGGUUCUGAAGCAGGAGACCGGAGCAGACAUCUUUAACAGAACAGACGUGCAGCCUGACUACAAAGUGUGGAAGCAAAGUAUGGAUGGUCCAGCUAGAAAAGUGCGCAAGUCCUUAGUGCUUGACCCCUGGGGGAAAGACUGCCUGAACAUGCAACUGUUCCAAGAUCAGUUCAACGAUGCACAAGUUCCAGACGAGAGUCUACUGACCAGCUCCUCCCUGAGUUCCCCAGCCACAGAGCACCAAGAGGAGGAGGACGGUCGCUGCACUUUGAUCCAGCAAAAGGAUCCUCCUUCUGUUGCUCUGCACCCUCGCGGCAAAAUGAAAGUGAAGCCCACCGGCCGCCACAGAGCUGCAAAACACACCACAGCACAGGUGAGUGAGUGGGAAGCAGUGCUUUAUGGGAAGACGGAAGACCAGCUGCUCAUGACAGAACAAGCCCGCCAUUACCUGAACCCUUACCCGUCGCCUGGCCCCACCUCAAGGACCCUUGUGCUAUAAGGCCCGGCAUCCUACAGCCGCAAUAAGCCAUUGCUUUGCAGGCUACGCUCGCCUUAAAGGACGGAAAAACUCUUAUCAGAAGACUUUCACACAGAGAGGGUGCAACGUUUAUCAUUCUAUGCUUUUCACACAGAACCCAGUGAUGCAGAGCUGACGUAACAGGACGGGAGAAGUGUGACCUCCCUUUCAACCAGCUCUCCUGCCUCUGUUGCAGGUCACACAAAAUCAUAAAAGAUUGCAACUUUUUUUCCACACUGCAAUUGGGAUGCUUUGUCAUUGUGCAAAAGCGGACAUUGCAACAAUAUUACAAUGUCUCACUUUGCUUUCCUGUGUAAAAGGCGAAGAAGGAUACAUGUCGGAUCUUCUGUUGUGGCAAUUUUGCAGGAUUUCUGUGUGAUACGACCUCCAAAAGUGGGGAAAUUGCCUGGUCGUCUUGGGCUUUCAUGCUGUGUGCUGGCUGCCCUUUAUAUACAGAACACACAGAGAGAAAUGGCAGCUUUCACAGGCUGUAUGAAAGGGGCUAGUGAAGCCAACUCUGUGUGACUUCCAGUAUCUUCUGCACUAUUCUAAAAGCAGGGUGAAGUAUUUGCUGUGCUUCCAAGACAACUUGUACCUCCAAAUGGAACGAGUGAGCAUUUGGAGCAGGACGCGUGUACAGUAGAGCACUUGUGAUGUCUUUUUAUUUGUGAGCUAAAAGUCCAGCCGAGGAGGCCGCAGCGUGUGGCGAGUUGAAUGUAUUUCACUGCAAUGUAAAUGGAAAGGGUACCUUGAUUGUUUAUUUGUGUUGUAUUUAUUACCAGACAGCUCUAAAGAAGCUUAGAUAUUAAUAUAAGUCAGACAACAAGUAGUCUUACUUUGGAUGCCCUUGCAGAAAAAAAAAAACGUCUAAAACUGUCCUAUAUCAUCAGCUUGGAGAAGCUUUUGUAUUUAUUUAAUGUCUACUAAUUUAUUUAUUUCUUUAAAGAAACAAAACAACUAUUGAAGUUUUAUUGUCUUUCAACAUAAGGAUUGGCCUACCGAGUUAGUACAUGCACUGCCUUCCAAAUCAUCAUGUAGUCCUGUUUAAUAAUAGGAUUUGUUGUUGGUUUUUUUUUUACUUUUUACGUGCUUAGGACGCCAUUUCUGACCUCUCAUCAUAGACAAAUUGCACUUUUUUUUCCAUUUGAAUGAUUGUUCCUAAAGGUGUAGCUGGUGUUGUUUUGUAUCAGUAGACGUGUUUUUAAUUCCUAAUCCAAUGCUGACAUGAAUUUAACAUGCAACGCUUUUUUUAAUGUCACUAAUUUGUUAUGAGACGCUUACAAUGGACUUCCAUGUGUUGAGUUUUUAAGGUGCUAAAACUGCACUACAUCUACUCAAAGUGUCAUAUCGGCAUUAGGGGGUCGGGUAUUAGUAAUAAUCUGGAUUAUCCUGCAUUACAAGAAGGGAAUCUUGUCGGGGAGAUCAAGUGGAAAGAUCAAGAGAAGUCAUAUCUGUGUAUAAAUAUAUAUAUUUGUGCUUUUCUUGUAUGUUAACGAGGCAAUGGAGAGCAUGUACACGAUACAACUACUGUAACGAUUACACGAAAUGCUGGCUUUCAUGUGCAGGACAUUCUGUAGCCCAGGUACCACAAUAAGACUCUUGUCCAUUAUGCCUGCUGAUUG